AUGGUGGCCAUCUCCAAAUUGAUCAACAAUGGGUUGCUCUUGGUGAACCAAGGGGUGUUCCAAAGUUUAGCUAGUCCCCAACAGGCUUCUGUCGAGCAGUACAAUAUUCUUAGAUACUUGGGAGGUGCUGGUCCUUAUAUUCAGCGUCAGGGUUACGGAAUCUCUACCGAUGUUCCGGAACAGUGUACUCUUGAACAAGUGCAGUUGUUGUCAAGACACGGAGAGAGAUACCCAUCCAAUAGUGUUGGUAAGAAGCUUGAGGCUAUUUACAAGAAGUUCAAAUCUUACAACGGCACCUUCACUGGUGAUUUCGGCUUCUUGAACGACUACACCUACUUCGUUGACAACAGUGACUUGUACGAAAAGGAAACCUCCCCAAAGAACAGUGAUUCGAACUUUGCUGGUACCACCGAUGCCUUGAAGCAUGGUGCUGCGUUCAGAAGAAAGUACGGAUCGCUCUUCAACGAGAACGAGACCUUCCCAGUAUUUUCCUCCAACUCUGGAAGAUGUUUCCAAACCGGAGUCUUCUUCACCCGUGGAUUCUUUGGCGACGAUUACGAGGACGACAAAGUCACCUACGUUGUGGUUGAUGAGGACAAGAAGAUGGGUGCAAACUCUUUGACCCCAAGAGCUGCCUGUGCCUCAUACAACGACACUUCUUCCAGCGAAGUCAAGAAACUUGACACUACCUACUUGAAGAACAUUAUCACUAGAUUCCAAAAGUUUGCUCCAGGGCUCAACCUCACCCAAGGUGAUGUGUCGAACUUGUUCCAAUGGUGCGCUUACGAGCUCAAUGUCAGAGGAUCCUCGCCCUUCUGUGACUUGUUUUCCAACGAGGAGUUCAUUCAAUAUUCUUACGGCACCGAUGUGAGCAACUACUACGCCAACGGAGCCGGUAACAACUUGACUGCAGUGAUAGGCUCCACCCUUUUGAAUGCUUCCUUGACCUUGUUGAAGGACAACUCUAGCUCUAACAAGGUGUGGUUGUCGUUUACACACGACACUGACUUGGAAAUUUUCCACUCUGCCUUGGGUCUUUUGGAGCCAAAGGAAGACUUGCCUACCGAUUACAUUCCGUUCCCAUACCCCUACCUCCACUCGUCUAUUGUUCCACAAGGUGCCAGAAUUUACACCGAGAAGUACAAGUGCGGCCAGUCUUCGUAUGUCAGGUACAUCAUCAACGACGCGGUUGUGCCAAUUCCCAAGUGUUCAUCAGGACCUGGUUUUUCGUGUGAGUUCAGUGCCUACGAAGACUAUAUCAAGGAAAGAAUUGGAAACAUCAACUUUGCACAACAGUGUGAUCUUGCCGAAGGUGCUCCAUCCACGGUUGAGUUUUACUGGAACUACAACCAGGAGCACUACAAUGCCAGCUUGAUCAAUGGUUAG